GGAGGGAGAAGCAAAAGGUUGGAGUUUGAAAUAAAGAAGAAAAAUAAAAAAUGGAUAAUUGAUAAAACUAAGACCAAAUACAUUUGCAAGUUGAUGAUCCACUUGCAUAACCAUGCGUAAGCUCCUUUGUGGCUUUGCAAGAAAUCAAUAACAACAACAACAACAACAACAACAACCUUGUGUAACCAACCCAACCUCAUUCCCACCAUUCCUACUUUCUCACCCUUAUCUCACGGAGCUGAAAAAAGAAAAAACAACCUUAACUACACCAAAACUAUAUUGCAACUUGUUCUAUACAAAAUAUAUUACUCACAUAACACCUUCUCUUCUCUCACUUCAUAUAUAGCUUUCUUCAUUUUCUUCACAAACACAAAUGCUCUCAUACUCAUAUCAUAUCUUUAAAGAGGAAAAAGAAGAUAUUUUCUUUUUUUAGUUUUAGUUUUUUAAGUAAAUAAUUUAUAAAAAAAAAAAAUCAAAAAAUGCCUUCUUCUUCUUAUUCUUCUUCUCUUCAGCUCCAGAGAUUCAAUCCUACAACCGAUGCAACAACCUCAGCAGCCAUAGCCAACGGUGUAAACUGCCCUAGACAACAACAAACCCCACCACCAACGGGGGCGCGUCGUCUUAUAAUACCAUUUCCAGUCUCUCUUUCAUCCAACGACAGCUUAGCACUACACCACGCGCAUAUGGUGGGACACAACCAGUGUUGCUCCGUCGUAACUCAAACCAUCACCGCCCCCGUCUCCGCCGUAUGGCCGGUGCUUCGACGCUUCGACAAUCCACAAGGAUACAAAAACUUCAUCAAAAGUUGCCACGUCAUCACAGGUGAAAACAUGAACGUCGGCAGCGUGCGUGAGGUUCGCGUAGUUUCCGGACUACCAGCCGAGUCAAGUACAGAAAGGCUGGAGAUUCUUGAUGAUGAACGCCACGUCAUCAGUUUCAGCGUUGUUGGUGGGGACCACCGAUUGAGAAACUAUAGGUCGGUGACGACGCUUCAUUCUGUCGACGGAAAUAGGACACUUGUCAUUGAAUCAUACGUCGUUGAUGUACCGCAAGGUAACACCAAAGAGGAAACGUGUUUUUUUGUUGAUACAAUCGUACGUUGUAAUUUACAGUCAUUGGGUCAGAUCGCUGAGAACAUGGUCAGAAACUCUGACCAAUGAUAUGAAUAGAUGAAUCAACUCUCUAUUUUUAUUUUAUUUUUUUUAAUAAUUUGUUGGGUUGGGGUUUUAUGGUGUUUUUGUUUUGAAUAUGGGUAUGGAUCUUGUAAUCAUUAUUGUGAUUUUAGAUGCCAGCCUGUAUUUGAAAUUAAUGGAUGAAUGGGUUGGGUAGAUCGAUCUUUAGGGUUUUUUUUUUUUUUUUCUUUUCUUUUUCGGAUGGCAAAUGUUGUUUGAAAUUGAAUAUGAUAUGUACAUAUGCUGAUAUGCUGCAUAAAUGAUGUAUUUAUGUUCAUAUGAUAAUGUUGUUUUUCUUCUUUCA